AUGUUCGCUCAAGAUCCUACUCAUCAUUCUCAUUCUCAUUCUCAACAUUCUCAAUCUCAACCACCCAGAAGACUUGAAGGUUUUCACGUCUCACCUACUCCUAUACCAAUUCAUCAAUCUCAAUCUGAAUCUCAAUCUCAACCAAUGUUACAUCAACAUCAACAACAACAACAUCAUAACAGUAGUAGUAGUCCAUUUAAUCAUCUAAAUGGAUUCGGUUCUGAUUUCGGUUCUCAUACAUCUGCUCGUCUGAGUGAUAAUGAAUUAUUAGAAUCAUUAAUCGUUCAAACUUCAUCUUCCUUUAAUUUUGAAGAUCCAUUAAACACUUCAUUCUCCGCUACUCCAUCUAAUCAUGAUCAAUUAUCAAAUCAAAAUACAUUUCAACCACAACCACCACAACAACAACAUACACCAUUACGAAGUUUACCACGUCAUCUAGAUCAAUCUACUUGUUCUCCUUCGAUUUCUAAUUCAGCUUUAUCUCCAAAUGAUAUUUAUUCACCUACUUCUGGUUAUAAUUCAUCUGGUCCAACUCAUCAUAAUGAUAUGUUUGCUGAACACCAUUAUGGUAGUUUCUCAUCUGCUCCAACCGAAGAUUUACCACGUUCAGGUCGUACAAGUUCGAUGAGUGGUAAAGCACCUGCACCUAGAUCUAGAUCUGCUCGUAGACCAUCUGGAUCAUUCCCAUCUAAUCAUCCUAACAAUGGUGGAUCUCGUAAUUCGUUACUUUCAAGAUCUUCUGCUCUAAGUAUUCCGAAUGUUGGAAAUCUAGAAUCAGAAAGACCAAUAGCGAUCUCAGUACCAACUUAUUUAACUUCAUUAAACUUAGGAUCAAAUCGACCAAGUAAAACUGCUUCACCUGAUCCAGGUGGUUGGUCAAUUUCAAAUCAAAUCGAAAGAAAUGGAAACGGGAACGGAAAUGGAAACGGAUUAGGACAAUAUGAACCAUCUGGUUUUGGUUCUUCUCCUGCUGAUUCAAUCUUAUCUCAUCAAACUCAAAUCUUAGGUCCUUCAAUGAUGAAAGAUGAAAUUAGUUCUUUGAUUGGUAGUCCAGUCUUUAAUGGUAAAUCUGGAUCAGUUGAAGGUCAUCAAGAUUUAAAUAAUUUAGAAUCCAAGUAA